GUUCAAAGUCGAGAGGCGAGCUGCUCAAGGCUUGCUCACUGCGAGCAUGUCGAGUGCGGACUCGCGCUCGGCCAGUGACUCGCCGACGACAGCACCACAGUCCUUGAUCGGAUCAAGGCAAAGCUCUCCUCUCGUACCGACGCAAUCAUCCAAUGAGCCAAGCAAGACGAGCAUCGUCCUGUGCUCUGCUUGUCAGCAGCCCGUGCUCGCCAUCAGCCUGAGAGAUCACCAAGCCAAUUGCGAUAAGGUCAAGGCGUUGCAAGCUCCUGGUCAGAGUCAAGACGCGAGUCUCAAGCGAAGGCUGAGCGAUGUCUCUACUGCAUCGACACAGUCCAAGAAAGCGCGGAAGAGUAGCGUGGGUGCUGAAUCGAUCAAGUCCAAAGCAGCACGGACCAGCCCGAGCAGUACUUCCCUCGCACCCAAGAGCAAAGUCUUUGAUAUCAACCGCCAUUGCGGCGUGAUCAAUGACAAGAAUACACCGUGCUGUCGCUCGUUGACCUGCAAGACCCACUCGAUGGGCGCCAAGCGAGCAGUACGAGGAAGAAGAGACACAUUCGACGCUUUGCUGCUCGAAUGGCAACGAGCAACGAAUCCUAACUUUGUCGAGAGACGCGCUGUGCAGCCUCGAGACCCAAACGACAAGACGGUAGGCAAGAAGAAGCGCAAAGAUGGCGAUCCGAUGCGGUAUCGCAAGAAACAAGCCAUGACCAUUGUGGGCGAGCUGUCGGGGUCAGAUCAUUCGGACGGGGCUCAGCAAGCUUUCGACUCGGAAGAAGAGGUCGAGCUGGUCUUUGAGGGCAUCCAGCGAUCACGAGCAAGACCACUUGCCGUACCAGAUUCGUCCGCUUGGGCAUCACAUGAUCGCAAAGUCCAGCGAUUCAGGAAUCUGAUCAGUGUAUCUUUUCUCAACCACGCAAAGCAGGCUGCGCAGGCGCAAGCUACAUGACAUUAUGUUGAUUGUACGACAACACUGCAUACGGAAUCUACUCGAUUCUCAUUGUCACUGA